CUACCGUGGCUGUCUGCUAUCAGAGAGAGCUCUGCGUACAAAAAGGAUAUCUUGUUUGUGUUAGUCUCAAAUUUCUCAUAUAUAACCCAGUCAGACAACUCAGUCAGAAGAAGAUCCAGUGUAUUAUUAGACAAUCGUGAAACAAUGAGGAAAGCGACGCAGUCUCAGAAAGUGUUUUCUCUUCUUCGCGAUGCCCUCAGUUCAGGAAAGUACUGGCGCUGUAUCAGAUGGUGCAACCAGGGAACAACUAUGCUUAUUACGAGUUCAAAGCUCUUUGAAAAAGAAGUGUUGCUGGGAGUUUUGAAAGAGUUGAGGUUGAAAGACUUCUCGAGUUUUGCAGACAUGGUUUACAAAAUUGGAUUUCAGAGAGUGCCCACUUCAAGGCCCUCGAAGGUUUACAAAUUCCGCCAUCCACUUUUUCAGUUGAACUGUAACGGUGGUCGCGCCUGUGAUGAAAACGCGAAUAGUGUUGAACUCAAGGGUCUGCAACAGAACCGGAAGCGAAAAAUGAUGGGCGAACUUACACAUGAUUCUGAUGGCAAGGACAUUUCAAAUAGGGAAAGUCAUUCAGAACUAUUGGAGCCAGGUCUUAAAAGACAGCGAAAAUCAGAAGAAAUUCUGUCUGGAGAAAGAUUAAAAGCUGUCGUAAAAGAGAGCAAGAUUUCCCGCUGGGGAGUCAAGGAAUGUCUUGUUAAACCAUGUACUCUAUUUGUCUCGGCCAAUCAAUGUUCAGCGAGGAAGCAGCCAGUUCUGAAUCGGUACAGCUUAUCAGAAAUAAUCGCUGCCCAUGGUCUCCUCAACCUGGCCUCGACAACAGCUGUGCAAUUUGGGAUUAACGAUUCCCCGAUGGGACUUGACACGGCGAGGAGAUUAUAUGAUUUGUUCUGGUGCGCCGUUUUCAUCAAGGAAAGAAAUAUCCGCGAAUUGGAUGCAGCUACAGCUUUGUUGGAACUCUCUCAGAACACAGUGAAAAUGAUGCAGUGAAACUUUGGUUCGACGUUAUAAAUGAUAUUUACAAUUUGGAGCAUAGAAAUGCUCUUUUAUUUUUAUAAUAUGAUCUUGCAUAUGUCGAUGAUGAGAAUAGUGUUUCAUUGA